AUGGCGCCCAAAUCUAAGAUCAUAUUGGACACUGAUCCAGGUGUCGACGAUGUCAUGGCCCUUCUCUUGGCCCUCAGCGCCUCUCCCGAGGAGCUUGAGCUGGCCAUGAUCUCAGUCACAUAUGGCAACGUCCCUCUACAAUGCUGCCUUCGCAACGUAGCUGCGUUGUACCACGUCCUUGAGAAGGAGUUCGCGUGGAGAAAGUCCCAGGGUCGCCCAGAAGGCUAUGAGACCCUGAGAGCUCACAAGACCAUCGUGGCUGCGGGUGCCGAACAUUCACUGGCAGAUCCUGUCUUGGCUGCUGAUUACUUCCAUGGUGCUGAUGGAUUGCACAACGUUCAUGAUAUCCACACUGACUUGAGCCCCGCUGAAACUUGGAAGGCUCUCUUCGAUAAGGAAGAUGCCAAUGACCACACCUCAUCGUACCCAUACUUUCUUCCAUCCAAGGAGCCCGCUCACAAAGAGAUGCUGCGUCUUCUUAGAGAGAACCCUGCAGACACCAUCAGCAUUCUCGCCGUUGGGCCCCUCACAAACGUUGCGCUGGCCGCUACCGAGGACCCUGAGACGUUCCUCAAGGUCAAGGAGCUGGUAGUCAUGGGCGGAGCCGUCGAGGUCCCUGGUAACGUCACUCCCUCAGCAGAGUUCAACACCUAUGCGGAUCCCCUUGCCGCCGCUCUUGUCUAUGCCCUUUCAUCGCCUAACCCUGCAUCGACGAUGCCCCCUAUUCCCAGCACCGUCUCGAUUAAGCCGUACCCUGCGAAGCUCUCUCGCCGGCUUACAGUAACCCUGUGCCCACUGGACAUCACGGAACGCCAUGCCAUCAACAAGAAUUACUUCGCCGAGAAGGUUCAGCCUUACAUCGAUGCCGGCAGCCCUCUUGCUCGAUGGUCCAGCCACUUCAUCAACGGAGCUUUCAACAAGAUCGACUCUAUGGAGGGUGAUGGCAACGAGCCGGCCCUGGCGCUGCAUGAUCCCUUCACCGUCUGGUAUAUGCUGACCCACGACGAUCCUCGAUGGAAGGUGCCCGCGAAGCCCGAAGAUCUCCGAGUGGAGACAGUUGGACAGUGGACUAAAGGAUCAUAUAUCCUGGACAAGCGUGUUAGAUCGAAGCCCGGCGAGGCUGCUCUGGUGGAUCUGUCGGAGGACCUUGAUGCUGAUCCCCAUCUCGUCACCCUGGAUGAGGUCCCUGGUGACACAAUGGGAUGGCUGAGUGUUCGCAAGGGAAACAGAAUCAGACGGGUGAUUGGAACUCCCGGAGAGCACACCUUCAAGGAGGUCUGGAUGCAGCGCGUAUUUGGGUAG